UACGAGGUGCAACCGCUCGAAAUGCGUAAAUCUCAAAUGUCGAGCCAUGCAUAAACUCGACGUGCAUACCUCGCGCGACUCGGAUUUUAUCGGACACGGUUUUGCAAUGAUCGUGCGAUUGCGAUCGAUAAGUGGUUUCGCAUAUUUUCGCACAUAUUUGCGAUAUCCGACGAGAACGAAAUCGAAUCGGCGCAACAUAUUCACUUGCGCAAAAUAAAAGUGUAUUUGAUCUUUGAAAGGAAAGAAACGCAGUGCAGCCUAAAAGUAUAACCUAGUCGGUCCACUAAUGAUGUAUUGACAUGAACCUUGUUGUCAAAAUGUACCGCUUAAACUUAGCACCUCGUGUAUCGAGAUGUAUUUUAUCAAAUACGUCUUUUACUCGCUCAGCAGUGAAUGUUCGACGCAAUAUCUAUAUUUAUAAAAAUACCUUCACGAAAUCCUCGCGAUUUUGUGCAUUAGAAAAAUAUCGUCUUUACGAUAAUCACGAGUCGCAGAAAAGAAGAUCGAAGAUGCUUCUCGCUGUAUCACUACCUACUUUGAUCUUUAAUUUUCUGCUCGGUAUCGAGGACACCGACGAGGAACCGGAAGUCAUUACGACAAUCAAACGAUCUGUACUAUUGAUACAGAAGGGAGAAUUUGAGAAAGCAGAGCGAAUGUUGCACUUAGCGUUACGCCAAGCUCAAACUAUACAACAUUAUGAUGCUGUUACAUAUGUCUACGAUGUAAUGGCUAAUCUUGCUUUUGACACCGAAGAUUAUCACAAAGCAGAGAAAUUAUUUGUAUCAGUUUUGCAAAGACUGAUGUCAAAUGGAGCCUCUGAGGAUGACAUGAGAGUCAUUCAUAUAAGUCUGAAGAUGGCCAAAGUAUUUGAACAUAUGAAAGAGAUCAAAAAAGCAGACCAAGGUUAUAAAUUUUGCAUGGAGCAUUUACAAUCCCAUAUCGAAAAAGAUCCUGAGAAUAAAGAUGCUAUAUUACUGCAGGGUAUGACUUUUGAUUGGUAUGCGCGAAUGCUUUUAUCACAGUCUAGGCAUACCGAAGCUUUCAACUAUUUUCUUCAGGCUUAUGAUAUAUGCAAAAAGAUAAAUGGCGAGGAACACGAACAGACUGUAAUCCUGCUUAAUGAUUUGGGAACUGUCAGUUGUAUGCAAGGAGAAUACGAUGAAGCUAUCAAAUACUUGUCUGCUGCAGCAAGAAUAGGAAAUAAUUUAUCUGACAUGACCGACUUGGGGUCGAUUCAUGUGAACUUAGGAAAUGUAUUUUUGAAAAAAGGCUUGUAUGAUGAAGCCAGAAGAUCCUGUCAAGCAGGAAGAAUAAUAGCAAAGAAUAGAAAUGACAAUGAUUCAUUGCUAGAAGCUAAUGAAUGUCUCAAGGAAGUAAAAAGAUUAUUAUCAUUGUAAAUUUAUGUACAUUUAGAUACAUUUGUUAUAAAAAUGUAGAUAUUUAUG